AUGGCGAAUGACCGGGUCCCCAUAAAUUACCAAACGCCCUCAUUCCCGUCCCUCUACGACCCCCUCCAGCAAAACACAGCGUACUAUCUCUACCACACGAACGAUAUCUGGCGUUUCACACUCUACUGGACCUUUAUUUUUUAUGGAGCAACGCACUUGCUGGUCGCGGCGUAUACGGUCUUGACUCAUUUCCGGCACUGGAGUAUCAUCUGGCUGGUCCCGAUUGUCUACGCGAUUAUUGCGGCGGUGGAAGCACUGUUGGCGGGGAGUAUCAUCGGACUCGUUCUCGGUGCCGUGUACGAGGCGGGCAAUUUUCGGAUGUCGACAUUCUUGCCCAUGAUUUGGGGCGGCGUCAACGUGAUGGUUUUAAUUGUGACAAGCUUCCCUAUGCAGGGUGGUCUCUGA